AUGAUGAAAGCUUUAGAUAAUAGUUUAGAAAGUGAGCUUGAAUUGAUACUCCGCCAAAGGGAUAGUAGGGCGGUUGGUGUUCAAGAAAGAGAUCUUAAUAUGAACAGGAGUGGUAGUGCUCCACCAACUGUCGAAGGGUCUUUAAGCGCGGUCGGAAGUCUGUUUAGAAAUUCUGAUCAUCUGCAAAUUGAUAACCGAAAUAGUCUUGGUAUUAAUGGAGUUUUAACAGAAGAAGAACUCCGAUCUCACCCUAUGUAUUUAGCGUAUUAUUAUGCACAUGGAAACUUCAAUCCAAGACUUCCUCCUCCAUUACUGUCGAAAGAGGAUUGGCGGGUUGCUCAAAGAUUUCAGGUAGGAGGAUCGAAUGGCGAAGGAAAUAGGGAUUGGUGGAAGAAGAAUGUCAGUAGUGAUGGUGGUAGUUCUUCAUUGUUUUCUAUGCAGCCUGGAUUAGCUAUUCACAAAGAUGCAGAAUCUGAAUUGAUGGAAAUGAGGAAGGCUGCCACCGGAAAAACACAAACUCUUCCCCGGAAAAACUCUGAUGAAUGGAUUGAUAGAGGUGAUGGUUUGAUUGGCUUGACAGCUCCUGGAAUGGGUAGUAGAAGGAAAAGUUUUGCAGAUAUUCUUCAGGAAGGACUAGAACAGCCUGUGUCUUCAUCCAAUCGAAUUUCUCGCCCUGCAAGCCAGAAUGCAAUUAGUGAUGUUAUGAAUAUAAGGGGUAUCUCUAAUUCCCAUUCUUCAAGUUUAUGUAAUGAAAAAGAAACAUCUGAAGUCAUGCAUUCUGGGGCAGUCUCACCAGAUCUAUCUAGAUUCCGGAAUUUGAAUUCAGCGGUUCCACAUUCUUUUGCACCUGCUGUGGGUUCGUCUCUUUCAAAUAGUAGAAAGCGUGAGCCACAAUUGGUCAGGAGAGCCCCUAGUCCUGGCAUUCCGCCUGUGGGUAGUAGCAUGGUUCGCUCUGCUGAUAAGCAAACCGUUGUAGGAGGACCUACACUAAAUGACCUUCGAAUGUCUGAGCUCACAGAUGUUGCAUCUUCCUUAUCUAGCUUGAAUCUCUCAAAAAGCCGCCUUCCUGAUGGAGAUAAUCAUUCACAAUCUAGUUAUCUUGAUGCUAUAAAUGAUCAGAGACUGAGUUAUCAGCAUCGGGUUGGUGAUUCCUCAAGAAAAGAUAAUCUUGGACCAGUGAACUUCCAUAGGAGGGCCGCUUCUUCUGCUGAUCUAAAUUCUAACCGAAACAUGUAUGAAUUUGCAAAACUAGAUGGUCCCAGCAUACAUAAUCAAGUCGAUAAUUUACCUGGGAUGGAUUUAUCUGCUCAGAUGCCUACUAGAUAUCCUGCUGCAAAUAAUCAUCUUGCUUCAGCUUCAACUUUAAAUGCUGCUGGAAAGAGGCAAUUUCUGAGACAAUGUAACUACCCAGCAUCAUCUUGCCUUCAUUCACCAGCCAUGGAUUCUGUGCGUGGUAAUCUUCCUCGGGGAAAAAAUAAUUAUGUUGUUUCACAUGGCCAUGAAGAUAUGCAAGCUCUUCAAAAAGUGUAUCUGGAGGCACUGCUUGCUCAACAGAACCAGCAGUAUGGUUCGCCGGUUUUUGGUAGAUCUGGCAGCUUAAAUCAUCUAUAUGGGAAUCCCACAUAUGGUCGUGGUAUGCCAUAUCAGGGAAACUUAGUGGACAAUUCUGCCCUUGCGGGGUCUAGAACGUUGUCACAGCAAGAACGGGCCAUCCACUUUGCUCCCCCUUUCAGAAAUUCAGUGGGCGCAGUUCCUGGAUCUUGGAAUCCACAAGCUGACAUUAACUUAGACCGAAGAUAUGCUUCAUCAUUGUUAGAUGAGCUCAAGAACAAUAAAACCAAAUCUUUUGAGCUCUCUGAUGUUGUUGAUCAUGUUAUUGAGUUCAGUACGGAUCAGUAUGGAAGCCGAUUUAUUCAGCAGAAGCUUGAAACGGCCACAGUUGAAGAAAAGAAUUUGAUAUUCCCAGAGAUUAUUCCUCAUGCUCGUAGUUUGAUGACAGAUGUUUUUGGAAAUUAUGUCAUACAAAAGUUUUUUGAGCACGGCACCAAAAGUCAAAGAAGAGAGUUAGCUAAUCAGCUUAUCGGUCAUGUUUUGCCUCUUAGUCUUCAAAUGUACGGUUGCAGAGUCGUUCAAAAGGCAUUGGAAGUGGUUGAUGUUGAUCAGCAGACCCAACUGGUUGCUGAGCUUAAUGGUUCAGUCAUGAAAUGUGUUCGUGAUCAGAAUGGUAAUCAUGUUGUCCAGAAAUGUAUUGAAUGUGUCUCUCAAGAUCAGAUUCAGUUUAUAGUUUCAUCUUUCUUUGGGCAAGUUGUUUCUCUUUCAUCACAUCCUUAUGGUUGUCGGGUCAUACAGAGGGUUUUGGAGCACUGUGAUGAUCCAAAUACACAAGUUGUAAUGGAUGAAAUCAUGAACUCAGUUUGUACUCUAGCACAAGACCAAUAUGGAAAUUAUGUUAUUCAGCAUGUCCUGCAACAUGGUAAACCCCAUGAGCGAUCAGCUGUUAUCAGCAAACUGACAGGACAAAUAGUAAAGAUGAGUCUGCAGAAGUUUGCUUCUAAUGUUGUUGAGAAAUGCUUGACUUAUGGCAGCCCAGAAGAGCGCCAAAUUCUCGUGAAUGAAAUGCUUGGUUCCACAGAUGAAAAUGAACCGUUACAGGCAAUGAUGAAAGACCCUUUUGGAAAUUAUGUCGUGCAGAAGGUUCUAGAAACCUGCGAUGACCAGACCCGCGAACUCAUCCUGUCACGUAUAAAGGUCCAUUUGGCUGCUCUGAAGCGGUACACAUUUGGUAAACACAUUGUCUCUCGUGUCGAAAAGCUCAUCACUUCAGGAGAAAGGCACAUUGCAUCAUCGACGACUUCUAGUUCUUGAAACAUCCUGUUUCUGAUCAGAAACUAAUAAGGAGACACUAAUU